AUUACCCUAAAACCUAAUGACCAGACGGCUGUCCGAGUGAAGAGUGAAGAGGAAUAUCGCGAAAGAACACCGGUUUGUCAUCUGGCUUCUUUCACUUUGAAGGAAUCUGUCCGAGUUCGAAGGUAAUAUACUGUAUUCUUUGUUGGCUUUCAAACCUGAAAUGGAUUUUUACUCGACUAAUGGUUGUGCGAUUGGUUGCCCCCGUGAACGAACGAACCACGGACGGAUGGUUGCCCCCGUUUGGUGUCCGGCCAUCGAACGCCUUGCCGGAAGUUGGGUUCACAGUCUUCUAAAAAAUUCCUAUGUCGCCAACGAUUCGUUAGGUGAUCUUUGCAAACAAUUUGCCAGUCUUAGACAAAAGAUUCAACCUUUUGCUAUCACCUGUCAGUGCCAUGUCUUGAAGGCCUCACUUCACUCUUGAAAAUGCAUCAAGAACAAAUAAAAAAGCUCCGUUAGUAUUUUUUAUGGGCCAAAAGUGGGGUUUCAGCUCAAACGCAAUACAAAAGACUUGCGUACUAGAGAUCUAUCAAGUAGAGGUCAACAUUUCAUCAGCAUCAAAACUUCCACACAAGGCAGAAAAUGCAUAUUGAAGCAAACAACCAAAGUGACAUGUGCUCACAAGGGCCCACACGAAAGACAACAUGUAGUCAAAAUGUGUGGAAUCACAUCAGCUAGAGAUGCUGCUUUGGCAGCAGAAGCUGGUGCAGAUUAUAUAGGCAUGAUCAUAUGGCCUAAGUCAAAGCGUUCUGUUUCACUCACUGUUGCAAAGCAAAUUUCUAAAGUCGCUAGGGAAUAUGGAGCAAGGCCUGUUGGGGUGUUUGUUGAUGACGAUGCCGAUACCAUACUGAAAGCGUCUGAUGCAGCAGAUAUUGAAUUGGUUCAGCUUCAUGGGAAUGGUUCGCGAGUUGCUUUUCCAAUUCUGGUGAAGGAAAAGAAAGUAAUAUAUGUUCUUCACGUGAGUGAAGAUGGAGAACUUUUGAACACUAUUCAUGAUGAAGAGUCCUCUUUGGUUGAUUGGGUUCUAGUUGAUAGUGCCAGAGGUGGAAGUGGUAAAGGAUUUAACUGGACAGUAUUUAAGCUACCUCCCAUCAGAAGUAAAUGUGGGUGGCUUUUGGCGGGAGGGGUUUACCCGGGAAAUGUAUGUGAAGCAAUCUCUACCCUUAACCCGCAUGGGGUUGAUGUAAGCAGCGGAAUUUGUGCUCGGGGUGGCAUCCAAAAGGAUAAGUUGCAGAUAACUGCCUUCAUGAAUGCUGUUAAUUCUCUCACCCCAUAGUUGAUUUUGGUAGUACUGGUCUUUCAUACUAAGUUUCUGGAGUAGAGAGAUAUUCAUUGUGGGUUGAAAUUUAAAUGAAUAUUAUUACUUUUUGUAAAAAGAUUAGUUGAUGGUUGGGAUUGAACAUAGUUGAGAUUAUUUAUAGAACACACUUAAUUUCCAUUUAAAAUUGACAUGUUAUAGCAGGUUAUACUUGAUCAUGGACCAGUAUUGGCAGACAUUCAUAUAGUUGGGAUUAUACAAAAAUAAUCAAUAGUUGGGAUUAUUGUUA